ACCAGUUGGUUGCCUCUGAUAUUUAUAAUUAUGCGAAAACAUAAAUCGUGUAUGCAUCUUCGAAUGUUAUAUAAGCGUUUGCGCGGCAGAUGACAUAACAAUAUUCACUAUGAACGUAAUCGUUAAUUUACUUUUUAUACUUCUAAAAUGUUACCUUUGCCUGUCGGCUUCAACUGGUAGUCAGUAUUCAGGAGAUGGUAGGCUGGUAGGAGGUCACGAAUCUAAACCCUACAGUCAUCCUUACCUGGUAACACUUCAGUUAAGAUUCUUAUGGAUCCGAGCUCAUGUUUGCGGUGGCAGCAUAUUGAGCAACAAAUGGGUCUUAACAGCGGCGCAUUGUAUUAAGGAAUCGUUUCUUACUAGAUGGCUACCAUUGGACGCAAUAGCUGGAGCCCACGAUGUAUAUAAUUUUGGACCAAAAGCCCAAAUAAAUGCUAUAGGAAAACGGUUCCCACAUCCUUUGUAUCCAGGUGGCAUCGGACCAUACGACAUAGCAGUACUACAAACGAGCAAACCAUUCACGUUUACAAAUGAAGUUCAACCAAUAAACUUACCGUAUAAUAAUUAUAAAAUAAGCAACGACCCUCUGACAUUAGCUGGAUGGGGAGUUUUGAGGACAACAUUUUUCAUACCAGAUUCACCGAGUAGAUUACAAGAGGUUAAAGUUACUUACAUACCUUAUCAAGAAUGUUAUGCAGCUAUUGAAAAAAUAAAAGACAUUGACGAAAGUAAUCCUCUAAAUAAAGAUGCAAAUAUUUGUACCGGACCGCUCUCAGGUGGGAUCGCAGCUUGUAGCGGUGACUCGGGUGGACCUCUUAUACAAUAUGCUCCGAGAAAUGCAUUUAACCGAAUAGAAGAAACAACUGAUGAUUAUGAAGAUUAUGUUGGAACAGAAUAUAUUAAAAGAAAUUCUAUCGAGUAUAAAAUGGCUAAUAUCAAUAAUACCGAAAUAAUACCAGUUGUUCUCGGUAUUGUAUCUUGGGGCAUGUCACCUUGUGGAGAUAAGGGAGCCCCGACUGUGUACACCAAGGUUUCUGAAUAUAUCGACUUCAUAACUGAAUAUACUAAAUCAUGAAAAAAUAAA